AAAUGCGCAUUAGAUCGGUAGCAGUCAGUCAGUGGGGUCAGAGUAGGACUACCGAGGGCUGCUCACAGGAUGAUUGCAACACAAAUCAUGGACAACCAGACGGAAAGAAGUGAAUACGGCGCAUACUUCGCGCCGCUCAGAUCAAACGGCAUCGACGGCGUAGAGAUGCUGGGCGCGGGGUUGACGGGCGUCGACCUGGCCGCGGUGCCCGAGCACUGGCUCUCGUACCCCGCGCCCCCCGCCGCCGCACACACCGCGCUCGCCCUACUCUACAUUUUCUUCACUGCCGCUGCCCUCAUUGGUAACGGGCUCGUCAUCUUCAUAUUCUCCACAACGAAAAGUCUUCGCACGCCAAGCAAUCUUUUGAUAUUGCAACUGUCGAUAUUCGACUUCAUAAUGAUGGCGAAAGCACCGAUAUUCAUUUACAACAGUGCCAUGAGAGGAUUCGCACUGGGCGACUUCGGGUGCAAGAUAUUCGCACUGAUGGGUGCCUACAGUGGUAUUGGGGCUUCAAUGACCAACGCUGUCAUUGCCUUCGAUAGACAUUCAACCAUCACACGGCCAUUAGACGGUCGCCUGUCGAGAGGGAAGGUAUUGCUACUGAUGGCGUUGGUUUGGAUUUACUGCACGCCAUGGGCCCUAUUGCCGCUGUUUAAAAUUUGGGGCCGAUAUGUGCCAGAGGGUUACCUGACGUCCUGCACAUUCGACUACCUGACCAACACGUUCGACACGAAGCUCUUCGUAGCGUGCAUCUUUACGUGCAGCUACGUGUUCCCCAUGUCCGCCAUCGUCUACUUCUACAGCGGCAUCGUUAAGCAAGUGUUCGCGCAUGAAGCUGCUUUGAGAGCACAAGCCAAGAAGAUGAACGUAGAAUCCCUGCGGUCCAACCAACAGGCUAACGCUGAGUCGGCCGAAAUUCGGAUAGCGAAAGCCGCGCUCACGGUGUGUUUCCUCUUCGUGUCCUCGUGGACCCCGUACGGCAUCAUGUCGCUUAUCGGCGCGUUCGGCAAUCAAGAGUUGCUGACACCUGGGGUAACAAUGAUUCCCGCUGUGGCGUGUAAAGCUGUAGCGUGCAUAGAUCCCUGGGUUUACGCCAUCAGCCAUCCAAAAUACAGGCAAGAACUGCAGCGUCGCAUGCCUUGGCUACAAAUCAACGAGCCUGACGACACUGCUUCCACGGCCACCACCAACACUUCCGCGCCACCUCCUGCUUCUGCCUAACUACCUCCUCACUGAGGAAGCUUACUUGAUAACAAUGUGAUAAAACUUUAUCGUUUAACGUCCUACUAUGAUAGCGCAAAAAAAGUUUAUAAAGCAUAGUUCGAUUUUGUACGUAAGUGAAUUAUGACGAUUCUCUACACACACACAAUUUGAAAAAAAUUAACCACCGCCCAUUUAUAGGAAUAUUUAAAACCUUCUGCUGUUUUGCGAAGCGCCACGAAUUACAUAAUUAAUAAUAAUUUUCUUCUGAAUGGUAGAGCAUUGUUAAGUGAACACUGGCUGACACCAGAAAUGUAUACCUAAUUAUAAGGACUAUAGCGAGUUUACAAGGACUUCGAGAGUAAAACGUAUGUGCCUAGUUAAUAAUGCAUGUAUAUCCAUAUUUUAGAAUUUGCAAAUUUGCCACAAUUCGUGCCAGUAAUCUAAGUUUAUUAAAUAUAUUCAAGGUACAAUGUGGUAAUAA